AUGGCCUUCGUCCAGUGGAAGUUUCUGGGCACCACAGCCCCUCAGGGUGGAGAAGCGAGGCAUGAGGGAGAAGAGGGCCCAGGGGCAGCUUUAGGAGGGGCCUUUGCCCCCGAUAGAGCAGAGGCCAGGGACGGCGUCAGUAAAACAGGGGCCCAGUUAACUGAGCCGAGCCCUCGGGACGCGGGCAGGUUGCAGCUCCUGGCUGGUGCCCAUACCACGGCUCCUACAAAGCAGACUGCCCGCACAUCCACCGGUGGUAAAGCACCCAGGAAACAACUGGCUACUAAAGCCGCUCGCAAGAGUGCGCCCUCUCCUGGAGGGGUGAAGAAACCUCGUCGUUACAGGCCUGGUACUGUGGCACUCCGUGAAAUCAGACGUUAUCAGAAGUCCACUGAACUUCUGAUUCGCAAGCUCCCCUUCCAGCGUCUGGUGCGAGAAAUUGCUCAGGACUUCAAAACAGAUCUGCGCUUCCAGAGUGCAGCUAUUGGUGCUUUGCAGGAGGCAAGUGAGGCCUAUCUGGUUGGCCUUUUUGAAGAUACCAACCUGUGUGCUAUCCAUGCCAAACGGGAGAACGUGCUUAAGAGUCCACUAUGA